CGAAAAGUUGCAAAGCGUGCCCAUUCAAGUUCAGAAUAGAGCAGAUGAACAAACAUGUUGAAUGGGUUCUAUUUACGGAUUUUGUCAAAAAGUGGGCUAGCGGGCGCAAUUAUCGUUUUAAUCUGGACCUGUGCGAUGGCCAAACUUUGGUGAAGGAGGGUUGGAAACGAGAUUUGAAGUGAGAGAGGGUUAAUAGGAGUAAAGACAGCUCAUGAAUUCAGAAUGAAUUGACGCUGAGCAUGGAAGCCAUGUUGGGCACGAUGUUGGGCACGCAGCAGCUGUUUGCCACCGAACCAGUUUGUUUGGACAGCCAUUCUUCCGAAUGGCCUGGAGACUCCCGUUCUUCCAGCUGACAGUGGCCGUAGCUUUGACAAGGUCGGUGAACGAAGACUCCAGGGAUGUGAUCUCAUGUGUCGCUGUUGAAUGUGAUGGAUUGACUGAGGAUACAGUCUCACUUCUCAUGACGGCGCCCAAAAACCCUGAGAAGUCUAACAAUGCACUCGGGCCUGCGACUGGUGGAGGCGGCCAAGGUGGCCAGCUGGGGCUGGGCCAGGUGUCGAAUUUCUUGUCCAAGUCUUCGGAGCCAGAUCGAAUGCCACAUCCAGAUCAUUUUGACGAAACAUGGGACCGCCUCAGUGGCAAGAUUGCAAAGCUCCCGUUGUGCAGAACUUUCCCCAAAUAUUGCGAUGUCAAAGAGGUGACCUGGAAGGUCGAGGUCUUGUCCGCGGCCAUGAUGUGGGAAUCUCUCUUGGGCGUGGGCGGCGCAGUGGUGACCCUUCAAAUCCUGAUGUUUUACAUUGCUGGUGUUUGCUGGAACACGGGGCUUCUAGAUAGACUUUGGCCAAGAGUUUUUGGUGAGGCUGAUGGAUCUGAUGAACAUGGACUCGCAACUCCAGCUUCUCGGGCUUUGGACGCUCCAGCUGAACCUCACCUGGGUGGCUGGGCAUCAUGGCUGCCGCCGCAGCUUGCUUGGCCCAUGAAGACCUGGUGUCAAUGAUGGCAGCUGGGACCACGGCUGUCUCGACCCAUUGCGACGAUGCAACUUUACGUUUGCUGCGUGCUUUUGGUGGAGGUCUUGGCUUUGAUGACCCCCGAGUCCUGCAUCUUAGCGACGGCGGAGGUGGUGGGCCUCGUACGCAAGUACCCUGCCCACUUAGACUAUAUGCCCCGCUUCGGAGAGUGGCUCAUGCCCAAUUUCAAAGACAAUGUGGAUGGCUGGGUGGGUUUUCUCAUCUUUCUACGGCGAUUGCUGGUGAUUUCUUGGAGCCUUUUCGUGCUUUUGCCACACAAAAGGAGGGGGGAUUUGGCAACUCGCUCGCUUGUAACUCAGGGACCUACUUGUAGACCUUUUGGACCUCCAAGGGCUUUAGGAUGCCAAGGCCUGCUUGGCUUUCCUAGGUGUGAAACAAGCGAUUUCUU